CUGAACGUCUUUCCGUUAACAUCCAAUAAAGGGACCAGCAGCAAAUACAAAGUCUAGCAACUGGACAAGAAGUGAAUCUUGAAACUAUAGUGUGAGACGUUGGAGUGAAAGGAGAAGAGACAUGAAGAUUUAAUUGCUGCUUCUGCUGCUCAGGAGAUUACUUAUUUUGGAUCUACUAAUCUAUUGCCGCACCUUCCUUUUUCUGUGUGUACCCCUUGGUCGUUGUGGCAAGCGUGUGCUGUAUAGAACAUGACCAUGUAAUCGGAAGUUGGGUGUGUCACAAUCAAACCUUACAGAUAUUUUGCAGGAAGUCUUCUACGCUUUUUUUUUUUUUUUUUUAUAUAUCCCUGCUCUUCUCCGUGUCCACCUUAAGUAUCAAGCCUGGAUCCAGGAGCGUGGAAACGCGGAGCAGCUUCGAUUAUGGGGAAUGCAGCGGGUUCCCUGGAUAUGUUCCAGGCCCGGGAUUCAAAGAUACAAUCAACAAAUGGGACUCCACCGCAAAAACAAAAAGAAGGAACCUCUUCCAAAGGUCCAAGACCAAAUUCGGUAGAACUAGAAGAAAGAUUCAAUGGGGUGCUGAAUGCCAUGAACCUUCCACCGGAUAAGAUAAGUGUUCUUCGGCAGUAUGACCAAGACAAGAAAUGGGAGCUUGUGUGUGAUCAGGGAAAAUUUCAGGUGAAGAACCCACCCGGCACUUAUAUACAUAAACUGAAGGGUUACGUGGAUACAGGAGGGAUCAGUCGGAAGUUAAAGAAAAAGGACCAAGAAUCCACCCAGGUUCUAAGAGAACUGGAGAUCUCCCUGAGGACUAAUCACAUUGGGUGGGUGGAAGAAUUUCUCAGCAAAGAGGCUGGUGGUCUGGAUGUUCUGGUUGAAUACCUGUCCUUCGCUCAGGAAUCCUGUUCGUUUGAUAGGGACAGCUCCGAUAAUGGCACACCAGAGAAACCCAAAGCUUUACAGAGAUCCUUAGAAGAUAUUAACAAAAGCAGCACAUCGUCUUCUCCUUCAAGAGCUCGACACCUGACUACCAAAUAUAACUUUUACAACCGCGCCACAAUGAGAAACUCUAAACACGUGAAUAUGAAGGAUGAUGUACAUGUCUGUAUCAUGUGUUUACGGGCAAUCAUGAACUACCAGUUAGGAUUUAGCAUGGUUAUGUCUCACCCCUCCUGUGUCAGACAGAUUACCCUCAGCCUCACCAACAAGAAUGCUCGUACCAAGGCUCUGGUUCUGGAGCUGCUGGCUGCAGUAUGUCUAGUCCGUGGAGGACAUGAGUUAAUUCUCUCAGCAUUCAACUACUUCAAGGAGGUAUGUGAUGAAAGCUCCAGGUUUGAAAAGCUGAUGGACUAUUUCAAGACCGAAGACAGCAACAUUGAUUUCAUGGUAGCGUGCAUGCAGUUCAUUAAUAUCGUGGUGCAUUCUGUGAAAAACAUGAAUUUUCGGGUGUAUUUGCAGUAUCAAUUCUCCCUGUUAGGACUGGAUGCAUAUCUUGAGGUUCUGAAGCAUACAGAGAGUGAAAGGCUCCAGGUCCAAAUCCAGGCUUAUCUUGACAAUAUCUUCGAUGUGAACAACCUCCUGGAAGAUACAGAGAGCAAAAAUGAAAUGCUAGAGCACGUAGAGGACCUACAAGGACACUUAGCACAUCUAGCAGAAAAGUUACAGCAAACAGAGAAUGAGUACAUGAGAAGAGUGGCGGAGCUUGAGAAACAAUUGGACCAAACUCGAAAGGAGCUGAAUACAGCAAAGGAGAAACAUCUAUCACAAUACCUUCCCGAUACCCAUCAGAAUCUCACAAGUGUGAAAUUGAGUGACAAAGCAGUACUCUGGGUAGAACCUGCAGGGGAAACUUGCACAGAAGAACCAGAUUCUAUCUGUAUGAGCACAAAGUCCACUACUACUACCACCACCACCACCACCACUGUCCGCCCAGCUUCACCAUCAGCCAUCAGAUUGACCAUAGUAUCGGAAUCAGAUAUCUCUUCUCACAAGCCAAAAGGAUCACCUGACAACCAAGCAUCUGCAAUACCUCUACUGUCAAUACUGGAGUCAGACAUCACAACUGCUCUGUCUGCUCCUCUACUUCAAGAGUCCAAUGAGAGAGCUGCUUCUACCACAAUACCUGCUGCUCCUCCUCUUCCUGAGACCAAGAAUGAAUAUGCUAUAUGCCAUCAACCUGAAUCAAUGCAAUCCCAGGUUGUGCCUACUGUUAAAUCUGAUACUCCUUCUCCACCACCUCCUCCUCCACUACCACCUGGUGGUCUUCAGAGCCCUCUUGUUCCACCACCACCAUGUGGACCUUCUGCCAUGCCUCCUGGUCCACAUCCACCACCGCCGCCUACUGGUGGCCUUAUUGUACCACCACCACCACCACCUCCUGGAGGCCCUCCUGCUCCACCACCUCCUCCUGGAGGCCCUCCUGCUCCACCACCUCCUCCCGGAGGCCCUCCUGCUCCACCACCUCCUCCCGGAGGCCCUCCUGCUCCACCACCUGGCACUCCUGCUACACCUAUGUCUAAUGGAGUUAGCAUAAAGAAAACAAUCCAGCCAAAAUACAGAAUGCCUAUCCUCAACUGGGUGGCUCUGAAACCCACACAAAUCACUGGAACAGUAUUCACACAGCUAAACGAUGAGAAGGUGCUUCAGGAACUUGAUAUGAGUGAAUUUGAGAACCAAUUUAAGACAAAAGCCCAGGGUCCAAGCCAAAGCAAGUUCUCUAUGAAAGUGGGUCCUUCACAGAACCAGCCAAGUAAAGUCUCACUAAUUGACCCAAAUCGAGCCAAGAACCUUGCAAUUACUCUCAAGAAAGGAGGUCUGACUCCUGAAGCCAUCACUGCUGCCAUCCAGUCGUAUGAUAUGGAAGCCCUGAAUGUAGACUUUCUGGAGCUCCUUUCCAGGUUUCUACCAACAGACUGGGAGAGACAACAAAUUUCUCGGUAUCUAAAGGACGAGAAACCUCUUGACCAGUUGGGGGCAGAAGACAGAUUCAUGGUCCAUCUUUGCUCCAUACCUAGGCUCUCUGAGAAAGUUAACACCAUAAUCUUUAUCUCCAGCUUUCCUGAAACCACUGCUCGCCUUACACCGCAACUUAAUGCCCUGAUUGCUGCAUCAAUUUCAGUCAAAUCAUCAGAAAAGCUAAAAGGCAUCCUGGAGCUGAUUCUGGCAUUUGGCAAUUUCAUGAACAGCAGUAAGAGAGGAGCAGCCUAUGGAUUCCGGCUCCAGUCUCUGGAUACGCUUCUGGAUACCAAAUCAACGGACCGAAAGCAGACACUGUUACAUUAUCUGGUGCGGAUAAUCAAUGAAAAAUACCCGCAGUUGUCCAGUUUUCAGUCAGAAUUGCAUUUUUUGGAAAAGGCUGCCACAGUCUCUCUGGAUGCAGUGCUGUCUGAUGUCCGCUCACUACAGACUGGAAUGGAACAGGCCCAGAAGGAGUUUACAAAGCAGGACAACUGUGUGACCCUCAAGGAGUUUAUAAAAGCCAACAUGGAUGUCAUGACAAGGCUUGUAGCGGAUUCAAAGACAGCACAGGAAGCAUAUGAAGCUGUUGUAGGGUAUUUUGGCGAGAACAGCAAGACCACUGCUCCAUCCACCUUCUUCCCUAUAUUCCUUCGCUUCGGAAGAGCUUAUAAGCAUGCUGAACAGGAUCUGGAGACGUGGCAGAAACAGGAAGCAGCAGCCACUGAAGAGAAGACGCCAUCUCAGGAGAAACCAGAGUUGUCUCCAGCUAUGAAAUCCUCAAAACCACCUAUCAAUCUGAUGGCAGAGCUGAACAAGAAAUUGCAGACGAAGGAGCCACGAGUGUAUGAGGAAAACUGGGCUAUAGAAGAUAUCAUAACAGAUCUGAGGAACCAGCCAUACAGAAGAACAGACAUUGCCCGAAGAAGCGGGAAGAAGCAAAACAGUGGGACAACAGUGACCACCACAGACAUACCAGUCUAAGACCUAGAGGAGUGGAGAUGUGUUUCACUUUCCAGUACCCACCACUUGGCCCUAUGUGCCUGGUGCAUUUUUCUCGGAUUCACGGAAUCCUUGAAACAGCCAAAAUCAUAUUUCAGAAACGCUGAUCUAGAUGAUGACAUAAAAAUACGCUAAAUCUAAACAAAGUGGAGCACAGUUGUCAGACACCUGUGCAGCAGAUGUAUAGAGGUGCAGCUGAUCUGAUGGGGAGGGAACAGUAGGAUCUAGCACAAAAAAUUAAAAUUAUAUAUAAUAAUAUAGCACACAUUGAGCUGCAUGUAUCUCACCAAAAUUAUAAAGGCCUGCCUGACAUUUUUAGUGCAACAUUUCCAACUAACAGAGCAAUCUCUUAUGAGGGGCACAGAUGCAAAGGUUCCCACAGCCUUCAAGUCUCCUCAGGCGCCCAGCACGAGGGCAGGAACAGUGGUGACCAAUUCUUGGCGAGAUAGUAUAGCCCAUAUUUAUGGACUGCCAUUCCAUCCACUAGGAAGAGGUAGGGACAGGGAUCCAAUAGGAUGGUAAAAGUUUUCAGUAUCCCCCGUAUUAAGAACAUUUUAGGAGAUUCAUCAAAUAAGUGAUGAUGAUGCGAAUCCCAUGACAACCCUCCACUGAUACAUCUGACAUCAGCAUUUUAUAUAAUGUACCCUAAUGUAAAUAGGAUAAGCAGCUUUAUAGGUCACAUAAUAUACGUUAUUUUAUGUAUCCCAUUCUGUAUAUAGUACAUUGGCACAUCUUGCAUAACCUGCGCCCUCUCCUAUGUAGGGUCAAAGCUACACAGCAUCAUUGACUAUAGGCUGCUGAGAUUAACAAGUUGCUCAUUCCUUGCAGUCCCCAUUACUAAAAGCUAGAGUCCCUUGCAGUGACAGGUUUAAAAAAAACUAAA